CCCCGCCCCUCCAUCCAGUGCGGGCCUGCCGGCGGACGAAGAUGGCGGCGCGGCGGGGCGGCCUCCUCUGCCUGCCUCUCGCCCUGGUGCUCCUGGGGGGUGCUGGCGGCAGCGCUCGGGAGGCCGGGCCGUCGCCUGCUGCCUCGUCCGAGGCUUUUGACUCCGUGCUGGGCAACACGGCGUCGUGUCACCGCGCCUGCCAGCUGACCUACUCCCUGCACACCUACCCCAAGGAAGAGGAGCUGUACGCAUGCCAGCGAGGCUGCAGGCUGUUUUCCAUUUGUCAAUUUGUGGACGAUGGCAUUGAUUUAAAUCGAACCAAACUGGAAUGUGACUCAGCCUGUACUGAAGCAUACUCCCAAUCUGAUGAACAAUAUGCUUGCCAUCUUGGAUGCCAGAACCAAUUGCCAUUUGCUGAAUUAAGGCAAGAGCAAUUAAUGUCCCUGAUGCCAAGAAUUCAUCUCCUCUUUCCGCUGACACUGGUGCGAUCAUUCUGGAGUGAUGUGAUGGAUUCAGCUCAGAGCUUCAUAACAUCCUCAUGGACUUUCUACCUUCAAGCAGAUGAUGGCAAAAUUGUCAUAUUCCAGUCAAAGCCAGAAGUACAGUAUGUUCCACAGCUUGACCAGGAAACUGGAGAUACAAGAGGAUCCUUGCCGCUGAGUAAAACAGCUCCAGACCUACGUCCAGGAAGCUCACAGACGUACAGAGGGCUUUUUGAAGAGCGAGCAAACGACAGCUUUUUCAAGUGUCUCUCUAUAAAUUCCAGUUGGAUUUUAACCACUACGCUCGUCCUGUCGGUGUUGGUGCUGCUCUGGAUUUGUUGUGCAACUGUAGCUACAGCUGUAGAGCAGUAUGUUCCAUCUGAGAAGCUGAGCAUCUAUGGAGAUCUGGAAUACAUGAAUGAACAAAAACUGAACAGAUACCCAUCCUCUGCACUCAUUGUGGUCAGAUGCAAGACUGAGGAACAUGAAGAAGCAGGACCUCUUCCUACAAAAGUCAACCUGGCUCAAUCAGCAAUUUAAAUAAGCCUCCACUGGAUCUAAUAAGACUAAUUCUAACAGAGCUAGCAACUCCUGAUUGAUUGUGGUGGUUCUUCAGAUAAGAAGCUUAGCAGCCAGUCUUUAAAUGCAAAUAAAGUUACAGAAUCAACACACGUCAUGGGAUUUUGUUUUCAGCUAGUAGUCAAGAUUCAGACAUCUUGAAUUUGUUUAUUUCCAGACCUAGUCACUUUUCACUAGUGUUUGCUGCGUGUCUUUGCGCUUACAGAACCUGUAAGCGUGCUUUCCAUCCUUCUGCCAUGACACUUUCCAACCUGUUUGUGUGUUCUAGGAUAUAAUGUGUACAUUCAGAGGUAGCUUUGUAAAGGUAUAACGCAUCUUAAAUAGGCAGGAGAUGCCUUUUUAGUGUUGCACUUUCUGUUGUAGUUAAAAUACUAUAAAACUAUCUGCUGAAUUUUUGUUCACCUUCAUGCACAGACAACCCUGGCUCCAAAAAUAGAAAUAUAUAUAUAUAUAUAUAUUUGUUUCCCUACAGUGCGGCAAUAUCCAAGAUGGAAACAUUUGUGAGGUGCUGUAGGCUAGAACUCGGUUUGUGGAAGAUGGAACUCUGUUAAAACCUAUGGACAUAUCCCUUCACACCCAGAGAACAUGCCGUGGUCAAUUCCUUUGUCAACCUUUAGCCUUUAAGUCUUAAAUUGCUUGUAAAGUUAGCACCUGUGUUUUCUGAAGAAAUCCUUCCUCCUGUUCUUGGUUAACUGCUCCAGUCUUGUAACUUCAUUUCCAGAAGCAAGGUGAUUCCUGAGAAAUGAAAACAGACAAAUAAAAUUGACUGUAUAGAA